AAGCAUGGGGAAUGGGGACGUGCAUCAACUGAUAGCAUGCCCUGUGUGUCGGGCACCGACUAGUCUGGGGAGAGAAGGUGUGGCUGGCCUGCCUCCCAACUUUCAUCUGGCAGAUGUUGUGGAGAAGUUCUCUUCUGCUGUAAAGGUUGAGGAUGACAUCCCAUAUUGUUCUGCCUGUGAGGAAAACAAUCAGGCAGAAGCCAUCAAGUUUUGUACAACCUUCUGUAUGCUCUACUGCAUCAGGUGCAGUCCUGUCCUGUAUGUCGGGAUCUCACUUGUCCUAUAUGUGUGGAAACAUUCCACAAACCUGUAGUGUUGCCCUGCCAACACAGUUUUUGCAGGGAAUGUAUUGGUUUGUAUGCUGACAAGUCUAAGUCUGGACAGAGGGAUGAGGCCUCCAGCAGCACAGGGAAUGGGGACAUUCAUCAGAUCAUCUCAUGUCCUGUAUGUCGGGAUCUCACUUGUCCUAUAUGUGUGGAAACAUUCCACAAACCUGUAGUGUUGCCUUGACAGCACAGUUUUUGCAGGGAAUGUAUUGGUUUGUAUGCUGACAAGUAUAAGUCUGGACGGAUGAGGCCUCCAGAAGCAUGGGGAAUGGGGACGUGCAUCAACUGAUAGCAUGCCCUGUGUGUCGGGCACCGACUAGUCUGGGGAGAGAAGGUGUGGCUGGCCUGCCUCCCAACUUUCAUCUGGCAGAUGCUGUGGAGAAGUUCUCUUCUGCUGUAAAGGUUGAGGAUGACAUCCCAUAUUGUUCUGCCUGUGAGGAAAACAAUCAGGCAGAAGCCAUCAAGUUUUGUACAACCUUCUGUAUGCUCUACUGCAAGGUCUGUCUGGCUUCUUAUCAUCCCAUGAGAGGUGGAUUUAAACAUCGCAGUGUGAUUUCUGCACAAGAGUACUUGGCUCAGAAAGCACCAGAGGCUCAAACGAAAACAGACAAGGAAUGGAAACAUAAAUCAGCAUGUACUAGGUACCAUCAGCCAAUCUGUAUGUACUGUGAGCCUUGCCAAGCAGUGAUGUGUGUCGGCUGUGUGGUGAAGCAUCCUGGGAAUGUUGUGCGAGAUAUCCAGUCUGCAGUAGACAUAGACAAGCCAGCUGUUGUGACCAAGACUAGUGAACUGGAGGAAGUCUUGAAGCAAAUUGAAGAAUCACUGUCAUCAUCUCUUCACAUUUUUCAUUACAGUCAACUGUUGUAACCAAGACUAGUGAACUGGAGGAAGUCUUGAAGCAAAUUGAAGAACCAUUGUCAGCAUAUCUUCAUGUUAAUUCAUUACAGCCAGCUGUUGUGACCAAGACUAGUGAACUAGAGGAAGUCUUGAAGAAAAUUGAAGAAUCACUGUCAGCAUCUCUUCACAUUUUUUCAUUACAGCCAGCUGUUGUGACCAA